AAAAGAUGCACAGAUUCGCAUUGACCACAAGCCAAUGACGUCAACUGGCACUGCGUGAAAGGAGGGUUGGUGAUGGUGGGUGCAUGCGUCGUCUUUCUUGCACCAAAACACCAGGAUAUUCCCUACUGACAAGAAAUCCCAGCUUCCUCUCGUUUUCCUCACCUUCUCGUCUACUUCCCGUCUGGCUUUCAUCUCCUCAAGAUGCCUAUGCCAGGCUACGUCUUCCGUGAUGGCGGCACCACUCCUCCUGCGGUCGAAGACGCCGACACUGCAUUUCGCAAGCGAAUCACCACUGCCACCACUUCUACCCCUACUUCCCAUGCAAGCAAACCCAUAACCGCAACAUCUGCGGCGCCCCUGGGCCAGAACACCACUACGAGCCAUCAACUAGCCACCGGUCACCAUGAGAUCGAAGGUGCGGCACAAAGAGCUGGUAAGGAGGACCGCACCACGAAUCUAGGAUGGCAAGCCAACGCUGUAGGUGUAGAUACUUUGGUGGGUGGACUGCCAAACGACGACUUGUGGACAUUGAUGAGAAGAUUCAACAAGCAAAUGUACCAUGUCAAAGCAGUCCCACGACCACCACCUGGAGGAUUGGACCUCGUUGUGGCCAAGGAGGAUGACUUCUCCCCCGACAAGCUUCGAGCCAACCUUGAACGUCUGUACAUGACAGUCAUUGUUGGGCUCAUUGCUUUCGGCAAACACAUCGCAAGACUUCGAUCAUGGCGUGAGCCUCGUCGAACAGCUGGUUUCGCCGCAGCUUACUUCCUGGCUUGGAUCCUCAAUGUGGUCGUCCCUUUCAUGUUGGCCUUUGUCAUCGUCCUAAUUACCGUACCCGAGUCCCGCGAUUUUCUCUUUCCUCCUGCGCCUCUCGCCCUUGUCGAUCAUAAGACGGGUGGUGUUCAGAAGCCCAAGGCUGGCGUGCUAGGCAGUACCGAUAGUGUCACUGGAGCACCAGAGAAAUACAAGGGCGAGGCUGUUGAGCAAGAAGCUAGUAACAUGGUGUCAGGCAUUGCAUCGGUGGCGAUAUCAAGUGCUGCCGGUCGUCAUGAUCAGGCCAAUCCAGACCCAGAAGGUGGCAGUAAGACUCUCGACAAAGGAGCGCCGGAUCCAACAAAUCUUGCAACCUCGGUGGCUGACGCUCAAUCGUCUGCUCAGGGUGGUAACCCUGAACAUGCGCACGACAAAACCAAACAACCCAUGGAAGAAGCAGUCUGGGCAAAGAUGCGUCCCGCAAUGCACGGGGUGGGCCAGGCCGCUGACACCUGGGAACGAGUUGCCAAUGCUUUGUCACCCACGCCUCCGUUUUCGCAGAACAAGCGCCUGCAAUUAGGUGCCAUCUUUGUCCCUAUAAUGCUUCUAUCACUCUUCGUCAAGGCUCAGUGGGUUGUCAGAGGCACCACAUUCUUUACCGGCUUCGCCUUCUUCUCCGACCCACUAAUGCAACGAGGUAUUCACUUCCUGAACGAGAAGAUACCAAACUGGCCCGAAUAUCUGGAUCUCGGCAAUACUUUGCUCAAAGGCGUACCGACCAAUGCUCAACUUACCAUUACCCUGCUGCGCAUUGGUGAGGCAAAUCGCGCUCCAUUGCCUCCACCACCAUCAUCCAGUCACCCACCACCAGACAAGCCAGUUGGUGUUGACAAAACCGCCAUCACCGACAACGGGCUCGAUGCAUCGCAUUCUGAAAUCGAAGAUGCCAUCACCGUUGAUAAGCCUACAGGCGGCGAGGAAGCAGCACAUGCCGAGGCAGAGGGCAAAAAGAAGAAAGGAGGCUUUGGCGCCAAGGUCAUGUCUGCUUUCAAGCACACAACGGCUGGAGGUGUCGAAACUAAGCUGACUCUCGACUCUGCAAAGGCCGCACUAGGCUCGCGUCAUGCCAAGGACAAGUUGGGCGUCUUACCUACCAAGGCCGAGAUGAAGGAGAAACCCACCGAGGGGCCAGUCGAGUUCAAAGCUCGAUACGACGGCCGCAAGGGCGCGGUGUAUGUCGACAGUUCUGUCUCACCUCCGAGUGGACGACGACCUGCGUCACCGUGUGUGUAUUUCACGACACAUCUUGACGGUCAUGAGCAUGUCGAAAGUAUGCCGCAUGAUCCAACCUGGGCUGUUGCAAUUGCAGAUCUCGCUGAGAUCAAGAAGGUCGGUGGUCUGGGAUGGAAGGGCAAGCUUGUUGUGGGAUGGGCCACGAAUAGAGAAGUCAAGGACGGUAUUGAGAUUGUGACGAGACAAGGACAGAAAUACCGUGCCAUGGCGAUCGCUGAGCGUGAUGAGCUGUUCAAUCGUCUUGUUGCUAUGGGACAGCAGGUUUGGGAGAGUUAUUAAACAACCAAGGAGACUUGAAGAGGGUUAUGACAUUGUAAGUAUAAAUGCCGUAAGGGUAUUGUGGUUAAUUUUACGCUACGC